AUGGCUGGUGACUUGACUUGUGAAUUAUGGCAUAUCUAUCGACAUAAACGUUUACAUGAAACCAUGGAAGAUCAAAAAUAUCUUGAUGCAUUUAGUACUGCUCCUGCAGAUUAUAUGGGCAAUAAUAACAAUAAUGGUUCAAGUUUUAUUGCUGAUGGAAACGAUUUACUAGUAGGCGCUACGGCACCACUUAGAUAUUCAAAUAAAAAUCAUUCACCAACCGCACCGUCUGUGCAGAAUACAACAAUCAAUACCCCGCCAACCUCAACUAUGCCUACAACAAAUAUUAACAAUACAGCUAAUCAUAGUUCAAGUAAUAAUGAUGACAGUAUUGUUUAA